UAUAAGAAGAGGAGAUUAAGACAUAGAUGCUCACAGAGGGAAGACCAUGUGAGGAUACAAGGAGAAGAUGGCCAUCUGCAAGCCAGUGAGAAAGGCCCUAGAAGGAAACCAAUCCUGAUGACACCUUAACAUUGGACUUCCAGCCUCCAGAACUGAGACGGUAAAUUUCUGUUGUUUUAGCCUCCAGUUGAUGGCACUUCGCUGUGGCAGCCCUAGAAGACUAAUACACUCCCUCAUGCAGAAAUCCUGUGGUGGGAAGUCUAGGAAAACCACCGAGUUGUUUUUGUUGACAUCGUGGAGAAUGUGGAAAAGAGAAAUCACCUCUGUGUGGGUACCAGUGCAUCCAUCCAGACUGAAAUCCGUCUUGGUGCUAAAUUGGCCUGCAGACAGGAGAUAUCUCCACUCUCCAUAGAAGUAUGGCCCCAUCUGGGCUUCUCCUAAGGUUUGCUGGGAUUCUGGAGUGACCGGUUUAUCAGGUCAAUGUGACAGCCUUCAUCAGCUACACCACUUCACCCCUUUCUGAAAGAACGAGUCAGCAGAGUCCAGCAGACAUCACGGCUGGAGGUGGAAUGGCGCUGAUGGCUUGUGCAGUGCCGCUUAAAUGUGACAACCCCAUGUGGAGAGCCCCAGAUCGCUGCCUGGUGACUUCUCCACAGCCCCAUCCUGUGCUUUUCUCCCCGCACGAAGAGCUCAGCUAAUCCCAGGAUGCCUUAGCCUGGCUUAUUUGCCAAGUAAAUACUAGAAUCGAAUGGCAGAGCUGUUCCUUGCUUUGCAGACAGAGGUGACCUGCAGUGGGGACCGAGUGUGCCAGCUGCCCUGCACCCUCCCACCUGCACUGGGUGGACUGUGAGGAGAGCUGCGUGCUGCCCCAGGGGGGCUCACUGAAGGCCUGGGUGGUGGCUCCUGAAAGUGUGGCCUUCCCACCCAGUUGCUGGAAGUAGACAGAGGCCCUUGUCUGCUCCAGAAAAAACAAGCCUUCAUGUCACCUUUCCACACCCUCCCCAGCACCAGUAACCUCCCCUCCCCCCCACGGGCUGCCAGAAGAGCCCUGACCAAUGCCAUCCCGUCAGCAACUCCCGCUGUGAGCAAACCUCCACCCACUCUGGUCUUGGGGAAGCCUGUUUCAAUGAGCAUCAUGCCGGAGCCGCCUCCCCUAACCACGUUCCCAGAGUGUAGGGGUUUCAGUGACGGCAUUGGGUGGACAUGGACUCAGGGGUCCAUCCUGAGGAAGCGGAGCCCAGAGGAGCUGCAGAUGAAGAGAAGGAUGUCCCACGGGGCCAGGCCCGGCCUUCCCGGCCAGGAGCAGGGCUGUCUCAGGCAGCCAACACCCGCGUCCGCCCGCGGCCUUCCGGGCGCCCCGGCCCACUCCCAUGUCGCCUGCACGGGGGUCGCCUGGAGUCGCUGUCAGAACAGCCCCUCAUUUGCUGGUGGCCCUGUCAGUGUAGAGGCCCAGUGGCCCCUCCUGUCAGUCACCUUUGCCACAUCACCCGAAUUCUGCCGCAAUGCUCCGUCACACAGUCACGUUUCUUCUCUCCCACUGCCGCUGUACUGGAAGGCCCUUUCUGCUAUUGCUCUCCGUCUUUUCUUUUUCUUUCUUUUUUAAGAUCUUAUCGAGGGCGGCCCGGGUGGCUCGGCGGUUUAGCGCCACCUGCAGCCCAGGGCGUGAUCCUGGAGACCCGGGAUCGAGUCCCACGUCGGGCUCC